GGAUCUUCUGUGAAUGGUAUUCUCCCCAGGAGCCACCCCGUGGGUCCCCUUGGACCAAUCCCAAACCUGGAGACCAUGAGGAGGUGUUUCCGGCCCCUGCGGACCGAGAUGGUCCUGGCUGUGGUCCUCUGCACCUUCUCUCUCCUCUUCCUCCUCCUCCAUCUGCACACGGCGCCCGCCCCGUGCCCCUGCAGGGGCCUGGAAGAGCCGCUGGGCACCCCUGGGGCAGUGACCUGGCCCCCUCCGCCCGCCCGGCCCCCGCCCGCGCCCUGCCGGGCCAACACUUCGGUGGCCAAGCUGCCGGACUUCCCGGAGCAGCCACCGCACGUGCGUGACUUCCUGCUGCACAGACACUGCCGCGCCUUCCCGCUGCUGCAGGACGCCCCGCGGGGCAAGUGCGCGCCGCCCGUCUUCCUGCUGCUGGUCGUCAAGUCGUCGCCCAGCAACUACGAGCGCCGCGAGCUGGUGCGCCGCACGUGGGGCCGCGAGCGGAAGGUGCAGGGCGCCCCGCUGCGCCUUCUCUUCCUGGUGGGCACAGCCCCGGACCCGAAGGAGGCCCGCAAGGUCAACCAGCUGCUGGCGAUGGAGGCCAGGGUGCAUGGGGACAUCCUGCAGUGGGACUUCCACGACUCCUUCUUCAACCUCACGCUCAAGCAGGUGCUCUUCCUACAGUGGCAGGAGACUCGGUGCACCAACGCCAGCUUCAUCCUCAACGGGGACGAUGAUGUCUUUGCACACACAGACAACAUGGUCUCCUACCUGCAGGGCCACGACCCUGACCGCCACCUCUUUGUGGGGCAACUGAUCCAAUCCGUGGGCCCCAUCCGGGUCUCCUGGAGCAAGUAUUACGUGCCGAAGAUAGUGACACAGGAGGAGCGUUACCCGCCCUACUGCGGAGGGGGUGGCUUCCUGCUGUCCCGCUUUACAGCUGCCGCCCUGCGCCGGGCUGCCCCCGCCCUGGACCUCUUCCCCAUCGAUGACGUCUUCCUGGGCAUGUGCCUGAAGCACGCGGGCCUGAGGCCCGCCUCACACAGCGGCAUCCGCACGGCCGGCAUCUGGGCCCCCUCCGCACGUCUGUCCUCCUUUGACCCCUGCUUCUACCGGGAGCUGCUGCUGGUGCACCGCUUCUUGCCGUACGAGAUGCGGCUCAUGUGGGAUGCGCUGAGCCAGCCCAACCUCACCUGCGGCAGGCGCACGCAGAUCUACUGAGGGGGUGUCGGGGCCCUGGCCCCUGGGCUCCCGUCUCCACCCCCCAGGAGGGGGUAACAUUUUCUUCCCAGGAAGAGACCUUUGUCCUCCUAGGCCAUAGGGAAGUGCCAGGGAGGGUUUGAUGAGUGAAUAGUUUUGUUUGUUUGCUUUUUUUUAUAUAUAUAUACAUUUUUAUUUAUUUUAGGGAGAGAGAGAGAAAAAGGGAGAGAGAGAGAGAGAGAAACACUGAUUAGCUGGCUCCUGCGUGCCCCCACUGGGGAUUGAGCCCGAAACCCAGCAUGUACCCUGACCAGGAAUCAAACCAGAACCAGCGACCUCUUGGUGCAUGGGAUAGUGCUCAACUCACUGAACCACACUGGCCAGGGCUGAUUAGUGAAGAGGUUCGUAGCAAAUUCCUACACAUCCUUCAAAACUCACCCAGGACUGCUUAGGCCAGCUUCACCAUCCUUCCUAGACUCUCAGCUGGAGGGACCGUCUUUUUCCAUGGCAGCUACUGGCAGAAGCACUUGGGCCAGGGUUCCAGCUGCUGCUGCUGCUGCUUCCAGCCCGUUUGAGUCGAAGUCCCACAUCCCAGCCCCAACCUUGACCGUGGGCUGGCCCCUAAACAGUGGCCGGCCUCUCCUUGGUAGUGAAUCUGCAGUGGUUAAUCGUGGGUGAGUUCUGGCCAUGGAUCACGGCCAAUUGGGAAUUCCCAAGGUCACAUGCAGCUGAAGGGAGAAGCAUUUUUCAGCUAGGGGAAGGGCCUUGGACCCUCAGAUGGUAGGAGGGGUCAGAGAGGCCCCGAAUGGGACCGCCCCCUCCCUGCCUGUGGUGUUAAGUGCUCUGGUGGCGGAAACAUUGGCCAGAGGAGGGAGGCCGCGGUCUGUCUCAGGCUAUGAAGAUUCGGUCCGGAGUACCUGGCAGGCCCCAGGCCCCACACCUGGGAUCCCCAAGAACUCAGGAAACAGUACUGGGACCAGAGGGGUCUUCACUGGGCCCAAGGCCACACAGACACUCACCCCAGUGCCCUGAGAAGGAGGAGGUUCAGAUCCUUGAGUGGCCCUGAGCUCUUGGGACCCAGGACUGGCCCCCCAACCCAGAGUGUCCUUCUGAUUAGGGAGAUCUAAGCGAACUGGUGAACCCCAAUCCUGCUGGCCUUGACAAGUGUCUGGGACUUGGGCCUCACAGGCAUUAGGGUGGUGGCGGGGCACCUCAGGUAGCAGAGUACAGACUGGGGAGUGGGUCCUCAGGGAAUAAAAUGUUUGGUGAAGA